AGGAAGCAUCAUAUGAACUUGUCCCAAAGACCAAUGAGCAUGUGUGAAGUCAAUGUCUUCUUGCUACAAGGAAAACAAAAUACAUAAGCAAUUAACCAUCACUUUCUGAACCUGCUGCUACUACUUCCUUUACCUUCAUUGCAAACAAUCAUCCACUACUUUGCUUGUUUUCUUUCUUCUAAUCUUGAGAUCAACAUGGCUGCAAGAUUUGUGGGAGAAGCUUUUCUCAACUCUGCACUUGGCACUAUCUACGACAUGCUGAUUUCACCCUUACUUGUCAACUUCAUCCAGCGAAAGAAGCUUAACCGGAAGCUGGUUGAGAAGCUGGAGACAGUUCUGAAGGCUGCUCAUGCUGUGAUCAAUGACGCCGAGCGGAGGCAGAUCGAGGAGGAGGCUGUGAAGCACUGGCUGGACAGGCUGAAGGAUGCUGUGUACGACGCUGAAGACAUACUUGAUGAAGUCACCACCAAAGCUGCCAUUCAAAAGGUUCAAGGUAACUCUCUGUCUCGCUAUGUCAAUUUGCAUGGUGAUGGUGAGAUAGUAACCAAGAUAGAAGAGAUCAUUGAUGCAUUAGAGUCAAUUGUAAAUGAGAAAGAUGGUCUUGGCUUGAAGGAGAUACCGGUGGAGGACAUGUCAUGGAGGAUCCCCUCAACAUCUCUGGUUGGUGUGCAUCAAAUAUAUGGCAGGGACCAAGAUAGGGAGGCCAUAGUAAAACUGUUGUUAGAUGUUACCAAUGACGGUGGAAUAUCCGUGAUUUCUAUGGUCGGCUUGGGUGGAAUAGGAAAGACUACUUUGGCUCAGAUAGUUUACAAUGAUGACCGAGUGAAACAAAAAUUUGAUGUUAAGGCAUGGGUUUGUGAUGGGCAAGAGAAAUUUGACGUUCUUAAGGUGACAAAGGCUGUGAUGGAAGCAACUUCUAGUUCUUGCAGCUCAACUGAGUUAAACACAAUUCAGGAGAGCUUGAAGAAAGUCCUAGCUGGGAAGAAGUUGUUGGUUGUUUUGGAUGAUAUGUGGAGUUACAAUUAUGAUGCCUGGAUAAGUUUUUUAAAGCCUUUCAAAUCUAGUAACGGGGGUGUUAAGAUUCUUGUAACAACCCGUCAUGAUUCAAUUGCCGAUAUGGUGAAAACUAUUCCGACUUUCCAUUUGGGUUUUUUGGGUGAUGAUGACUGCUGGUCAGUGUUUGCAGAUCAUGCAUGUCUUAAUUCGGCUGAAUCCCAUAGCCGUUCUGAUCUAGAAGUAGUUGGUCGAAAAAUUGUCAAGAAGUGUAAUGGGUUAGCUUUGGCUGCUCAAACACUUGGAGGUUUAUUAAGAGCAAGAAAAGAAGUAGCGGAUUGGAAGUUUAUAUUGAGGAGUGAAAUUUGGGAACUUCCCAAAAAAGAUAGUGGGAUUCUUCCUGCAUUGAGAAUCAGUUAUCACUACCUCCCCUCGUACUUAAAACGUUGCUUUGUUUAUUGUUCUUUAUUCCCAAAAGACAAUGAAUUCAAAAGAGAUGAACUGGUGUUAUUGUGGAUGGCAGAAGGUCUUUUGCAGCAACCAAAGAGUGGCAACACUUUAGAAGAAGUUGGUUCUAAAUAUUUUAAUGAUUUGGUUUCCAGAUCAUUUUUCCAACAUUCUAACACUGAUGAAAAUUUAUUUGUGAUGCACGAUCUCAUGCAUGAUUUGGCAAUAUUCUACGGUGGAAAGUUCUUUUCGAGAAACUUUAAACUCAAAACUGCAGAUGCUUGUCCUCGUCAUCUUUCAAAUGGUCUUGUCAUCGAUGAUUCAUUAUUCUCAGAGAUCUCAGAAGUACGUGAUUGUUUAAAAAAUACAAGGACAUUGCUGGAUAUCAGUUUUGAAACAUGCAAUGGUUACACAGAGGAAAUUGAUCUUUGUGGCUUAUUUGCACAGUUGAAGCGCUUAAGGGUUUUGUCAUUUAAAUUCUUUCCUCUUGGUGAUCAUGAUUCAUUACUUGAUUCAAUAGGUGAUUUGAUCCAUUUGCGUUAUUUGGAUCUCUCUCAUUCACCUAUCAAGACAUUGCCAGAGUCAAUGUGCAAAUUUUAUAAUUUACAAACACUGAAGUUGUAUGAUUGUGAUAGUCUAGAAAAGCUUCCAAGCAACAUGCAGGAUCUUGUAAAUUUACGUCAUUUGGAUCUCUCUGGUACGCUUAUUGUGGAAUUACCCGAGUCAUUGAGCAAAUUGUAUAAUUUACAAACAUUAAACUUGAGUGCUUGUGAAGAACUAAAAAAGCUUCCAAGCAAGAUGCAAGAUCUUGUAAAUCUGCGCCAUCUCUAUAUUGAAGGUACUAAUUUAGAAGAGAUGCCAAAAGGGAUGAGCAAAUUAAAAGAUUUGCAGAAUCUGCAUUACUAUAUUGUUGGCGAGCAUGAAGAGAAUGGGGUAGGGGAAUUGGGAGAACUUGUAAAUCUUCAAGGGUCAUUUCAUAUUGUGCAAUUAGAGAAUGUCGUUAAUAGCAGUGAGGCUUGGAAAGCAAGGAUGGCUGAUAAGAAACACAUCAAUAAUCUAAGUUUGGAGUGGACAUCUGCUGAAGAUGGUGAUAUUGUUGAUUCCCAAAGUGAAAAAGAUGUACUUGACAAAUUACGUCCUCAGAAAGACUUGAAGGAGCUAUCCAUCAGGUGUUACAGAGGUACGAUGUUUCCGGAUUGGGUAGGGCAGUCUUCGUACCACAACAUGACUGAGUUGUAUUUGAGUGGAUGCAGGAAUUGUUGGGUGGUUCCUUCACUUGGACAGUUACCCUCUCUGGAGAGGCUGAUCAUUUCAGAGUUCGACAAGGUGAAGAAGAUUGGUGGGUCAUUCUAUAAGGGUGAUGGAACUCAUCAGCACCAGGAGACACCCUUCCGAUCCCUUAAAUAUCUGAGUAUUGAAAAACUGCCUUGCUGGGAGGAAUGGGAGUCAUAUGAAUGUGAUGAUGAUGAUGAUGCACCAUUUCCGAAACUUGAGUAUCUUUCAAUAUGCAACUGUCCUAAGUUAAGAGGAGAUUUGCCCACUUUCCUUCCCUCGUUGAAAGAUUUGAGCAUAUUCGAUUGCAAGAAUGUAGAAUUGCCAAUGCAACACCAACAACAUGAGUCACUAACGAGUCUUACAAUAGACAACAGCUGUGAUUCGCUUACAUCCUUCGCAUUGCCACCGUUCCCAAAUCUCGAGUCUCUCACAAUCACAAGACGUGAAAAUUUGACAUCUCUGGAGGUGUCACAGACACAGCCCCUCCAAUACUUAUUAAUUUCAGAGUGCCCUAAGAUGGAGAACAUAAUAAGGCUGCCUGCCUCUUUAAGGGAAGUCGACAUCAAGAAAUGUCCGUUGUUGGGUGAAGGCAUAGAGAGGAAGGACCCCCACAUUUGGCCAUCCAUUUCCCACAUCCCCAUUAUUUAUGUUGAUGGGAAACGGAUUCGCAAUGACUCAACAUCUUAAAACAGGAACCAUCUCCUCAGAAGGAGUAUGCGUGAUUCUGCCCUUGACAAUUGGUAAUUUUGUGGACAAUUUUGUGAUUUUAUGAUAAAAAGCUUUUUGGGCUACCUGGACCACCUUCCUCUUGCUCUUUGCUUAUCCAUACUGCUUUUCGCCUGUCUUGCAUUGAGAAUUGUUGCUAGGGUACAUCAAACAUGUCAUCAAUUCCACCAUAUGGCUCUAUCAAUUCAGAUUCCACUUGGAUGGAAGGAAAUAGGAGAUGUGUAACCACUGAGCAGCCCUUUCUCUUUCUCUUUUGAACGUUGGGAAUAACCUACAAACUUUGUACAUUCAGAUUUGUUCAUAAAAAUGAUAAUUUUGACUGCUUAGCUGAGUCCAUUACUGAGAUACUCUAUGCCAUUUGAUUUAGAAUCAUGUUUUUCUAUCUUUUUUUUUUUUGCCAAGUAGAUUACUUUUCUGUAUGACUAAGUGGCUUUGGUUGAUUCAGUGCUCUGUCACACCAUGGGAUUUAUAGCACUAAUUGAGUAAAUUCAAGUUCCUUUUUGGCAACUCUCCUAUAUACAUUUCUGAAAUGGUAUAUCUCUUUCUUUAUGGCUUUUUCUGGUAAUCCUGUAUUUUUCCAAUGAAUAAUCCUAAUGAAUAUGUGAUAUGUCACAUCAUCCUAAUAAAAA